UUCCAGCAGCCUGGUUGACUAUGUUUGAUGCAGUGCUUAUUCUGAUCCUAAUACCCUUAAAAGAUAAAUUGGUGGACCCCAUUUUAAAGAGGAAUGGCUUGCUCCCUUCCUCACUGAAGAGGAUCGCAGUUGGAAUGUUCUUUGUAAUGUGUUCUGCGUUUGCUGCAGGAAUUCUGGAAAGCAACAGACUGAAAAUUGUCAAGGUUAGAACAAUUAAUCAGACAAUUGGAAAUGUUACAUACCAUGCUGCAGAUUUGCCGAUAUGGUGGCAGAUUCCUCAGUAUGUGCUGAUUGGAUUCAGUGAAAUAUUUGCAAGUAUAGCAGGUCUAGAAUUUGCAUAUUCAGCUGCUCCCAAGUCUAUGCAGAGUGCUAUUAUGGGGCUGUUUUUUUUCUUUUCGGGGAUUGGAUCAUUUGUUGGCUCUGGAUUGUUGGCGCUGGUGUCUAUUAAAGAAAUUGGCUGGAUGAGUAAUCACACGGAUUUUGGUAAUAUUAAUGGCUGCCAAUUAAACUAUUAUUUUUUUUUGCUGGCUGCUAUCCAAGGAGCAACCCUCUUGCUUUUCCUUAUUGUUUCUGUGAAAUAUGAUCAUCAAAAAUCGAAGAUUAAUGAAGUGGCUGCCAAUGGGAGGAUCUGAGAUCUGUUACAGAGCAGACUUUGUUACAGCAGCACACAAGGAAGUGGCAGCGCACCUGAAGUCUGCGAGAUCGUAUGUUUUCUCCAGUGAGACUCUUACUAGACUUGCAUGUUACAAGAGUUCUCGCCCCUGCCCCCUCUCCUGUAACGUAGGUAAGUGCCUUAUGUUGGCAGGGCUCGUUCUUGCACUACGUCCUGGCGGAGGACAAACACAAAUCUUGGAAGUGUAUUAACUCUAGGCAUUCAGGUUGCUCUUUGUUAAUCGUGAGAUGUUUACUUAACUCUUGAAAGGUGGGACACUUACACUUGGAAAU